GCAGAGGGAGCCAGCGAGCUCCUCCCAUUUUCAGUGAGUCCGUCAGUCCGGUGACCCUCACUGGUCUGCGUGUUAAGAGCUGGUGCAAGAGGCCUUGCGUCCCAACGCUCUGACCCUGUUCAGGGGUGUUCAGCAGAAGUGGUUGGGAGUGUUGUUCCUGUCCCGAGGGCGACACUUCCUGUACCCCCCUCCCUCUUGCGCAAGGUGCAGCUCGUGGAGACGUGCGUGUGAUGCUGAACGAGCUCUCUUUGAAACAGGAAGAAGAAGCGGCUGCUUCCCUUCUAAAGAGCGAUGAUGAAACGCCUGACGGCACUGCAGAGCAGCGCAGAACACGCAGCGUAGCUUCGCUUUCACACACGCUCUGACAGACAAGCAUCCUGGGAAAUUUGAACGCUCCGCCCCAGGGUGUGGAAACGCACGCCGCGUGCGAGCUACGCACCACAUCCUGCCCCGGUCACACGACUUCUGGCCCACAGGCGCACAUCUGACGUCUUUUCUGUGUAAUCCCAUCUCUUGGCGUGACGUUCUAGGCGGGCUUGGGGGCGGUGGUCAUGUGACAGAGGGACGGUAGCAGAGCUGGUCUCUAGAGGAACGCACUCGGUCUGUCCCAGACGGACUUGGGUACUCCUCUCUGCAUAUCCUGCACACGCACGAACGCGCACACACACCACAGCUGGAAGAUGGAAGUCAUUGUUUGUCCCAGGGGCAGCAACUCCAGCAGGCUGUAUAGCGCCCUGGCCCAGAUGCUGAGCAGCGGUCCCAUGGCGCAGGCGGAGCCCGGCCAGGAGGGGGCGCUGGACCUGGAGCCCUGCGCCCCGGAGGAGCUGCAGAGGGAGUGCGAGGAGGUGCUGCGGAACCGGCCGCCGCGAAUCCAGCGCAGCUUCGUCUCCCCCGGAGGCUCCGCCCACCAGCCCCACCCCGUCCGGCUCAUGCAAUGGAACAUCCUCGCACAAGCUCUGGGCGAGGGGAGGGACAGUUUCGUGCGCUGUCCUCUGGAGGCUCUGAAGUGGGCCGAGCGGAAGUACCUGAUCCUGGAGGAGAUCCUGCGCUACCGCCCGGACGUGCUGUGCCUGCAGGAGGUGGACCACUACCACGACACCUUCCAGCCCAUGCUGGGCAGCCUGGGCUACCACGGCACCUUCUGCCCCAAGCCCAGCUCCCCCUGCCUGGGCGUGGAGCACAACAACGGGCCGGACGGCUGCGCCCUGUUCUUCCGCCGCGAGCGCUUCCUGCUGGAGGACAGCGCCAGCAUGCGGCUGGCCGCCACCAUGUUCAAGUCCAACCAGGUGGCGGUGGUCCAGACGCUGCGUUGCCGGGCGACGGGGCGCUCGCUGUGCGUGGCGGUCACGCACCUGAAGGCGCUGAGCGGCUGGGAGCACCUCCGCGCGGCCCAGGGCUCCGACCUGCUGCAGUACCUGCAGGCGGCCAGCGAGGGGCGCCCCGGCCUGCCGCUGCUGGUGGGCGGCGACCUGAACGCCGAGCCGGACGAGGAGGUGUACCAGCGCUUCGCUGCCUCGGGCCUGGGGCUGGACAGCGCCUACAAGCAGCUGUCGCCCGACGGGCUGGCGGAGCCGCCCUACACCACCUGGAAGAUCCGCCCCUCGGGCGAGAGCUGCCACACGCUGGACUACGUGUGGUACUCGCGGCGCGGCCUGCGCGUCCACGCCCUGCUGGAGCUGCCCACCGCCGAGCAGAUCGGCCCCGACCGCCUGCCCUCCUACAGCUACCCCUCCGACCACCUGUCCCUCGUCUGCGACUUCAGCUUCCUGGACCCGCCCCAGGGGCCCGACCAGGGCUAGCCUCGCACAGGGGCCACGCUGGGGACCGCGGGGCCACACUGAGGGCUGUGCAGGGGCCCAAUGGGGGACUGUGCUACAGGGGCCCCACUGCAAACUCCGAGGCCACAGUCAGACCGUUAAGCCGCUCGCUUUUUCAGACAGAAAGAGCGGCUUUCUCUGGGUGGGGUGUGGAUGUCGUUGAGCUUGAGAAACUCUCCGGUCUGCAUGGACCGGUGCGUUCCAGCUUUAGGUGUCCCAUCUCAUUUCACUGUGCACACAGUGCACAUUAACGGCUCCCGAGUGCAGCUUCAUCGUGGCUUCAUUGGGCCCAGUCCUGCCAUUAAACUGGUACAUCCCAGUGCCUCAGAGCAACGGGUCUGUGCUCUCCUGUUAUCUGUGCUCUCCUUUAUCUGCUUCCCCUUAAAGUAAAAAAUCCACUCCAUCGCAGGAAGCAGGAAGCCUGUGUGGAGCGCACAGCUGUCCGUUAUACACGUCUAGUCCGUUUAACUCAAAAUGUGAAGUGCAAACUGACCAACACUGUGAAUCAGUUUUAUUAUGCAGACCUUGGAACCAUACUGGGGUUAUUAUCUGGCAAAGGUGCAAGGUACAUUAGCCUUCAAGCGAUGGGGGUGGGGAGGAGUGUUGUUUCCAGGAGGUGAGCUCAAUAUGUGAAGUAUUUGCUGGGGCUGAUGGGAAUUGAAGUCCAGGGGGUGUAACAAGGAUAAGAGACAUUAACCACAAAAUAUCAAAUGUUUGGAUAAUAUAUAGCGUACAUGGCGUCACACAGCUAUGGAAUUUCAUCACCAGUGUACAUGGGUGUGGGUUUUGAGCCUACAAACCGCACUGCCAGUGCUCUUUCAGUUCACACUAGGAUAUGAGUUAUACCUACCUCAGUGCUGUACAAGUUAUUUCCUUUUAGUGUUAUUGAAAGAGGACUGUAAAUCAAACACCUUUUUAUGCAACCUAAUGUAUCUACCUUUUUAUGUGUGUAAUUAAACAUUUCAUUUCUCCUGCCUGAUUUUUUUAACCUCACCCAGAUUUUAACGAAAUAAACACCAGUAUUUUCUGA